AUGAUAAAAUCAACGGCAAAAGCUCAAACAUUAUCAACUGUACCAUGUAAACCUGUAUUAAAUUAUUAUUUUAAAUAUUUAACUGCUCCACAUCCUGGUAUAAAUCGUUAUUUUCCCAUUCAAGCCACAUUUAUAUUACAAGGUAGAUAUGUUACAUAUUAUAUUGGAUCUCUUAGUUAUGAUAAAUCAUCUGAUUCAUUAAGUGGGACAGUAACUGCAUCAUUUAGUGAUCGAACAUGGACUCCAUCAUGUGGUUCUAUUCAAUACAUAUUAAAUAGUUGGGGUAAUGCAAAAUUUAAAGAUCAAUUACAAUGUUAUGGUAUAAAUAAACCAUUUUAUACAGCACCAACAAAACAAUCAUCAUCUAUGUUUGUAAUGACAUUACAAAAAGCAGAAAAUGUUAUACCAAAAUAA